GACAAGCGGGGGGAUACAGAAACUUUCUUCUCAAAGAGAGCUGAUCUUUUGAAGCUUUCGAGAGACGUCCAGAGGUCACCAGUGGAUUAUUUAUUUACCUGGGAGAGAGCACAUUAUAUUGAAAGGUUUUACCAGGGAUUUCGCCAUUCUUCCUGUCUGUCCAUGGUGGUUUGUAACAGCAAUACGAUCGAUAAUCCUCAUGAAGUGUUUUCAGAAGAAUGAAGACACCCGGGUAACAAGGGUGAAGACCUUACCCAACCGGAGGAGUUGAGCUCGGAGCCGCCCGGACCGGAGGAGUUGAGCUCGGAGCCGCCCGGACCGGAGGAGUUGAGCUCGGAGCCGCCCGGACCGGAGGAGUUGAGCUCGGAGCCGCCAGGACCGGAGGAGUUGAGCUCGAAAUUCAACAAGAUCACUUCCUGAUGAUGACAGUAAACAUGGAUGACGAGGAGGCGCUGAACUCCAUCAUGAAGGACCUGGCAGCUCUGGGUCGCUGCUACGCCCAGCAACAUGACAGCAGCAGCCACAAACCCAAACCCAGGACCUUGCUGUACAAACAGGAUUUAAGAGUCAAGCUGGAGCAUGAGAGAGAGAAACGCAUCAUCCCGUUCCAGCGACCUCUGAAAAUCAAGGAGCUGCUUCAGAAGGUCACAGAGGCCUUUGGACAACAGAUGGACCUCUUCUACACAGACAAAGAGUGUCUGGUUCCUGUAAAGAGCCAGGAGGAUCUAGACAGAGCGGUGCUCAACGUGGGCUCUAGCAGCUUGCUCAGACUACUGCUGAAAACUCCCAAGAACAACCACUUCCUACAGGUGGGCAGCAGGGACAAACAGAGCGAGCUUAGGUCGUCCCGUUCUCUAGGGGAUCUGAAGGGUUGUAUACUCAAGAGCUCAGAGAGGGUCCGAAAACACUCCACAGGUUCUCUCCAUGCAGGUCGUAGGUCCCCCCCUCCAGGCUCGGUCCCAGAGGAGCAGCAGCAGAUUGCCAGGCAGGGCUCCUUCAACUCUAUUCACACAGAGGGAGAGUUUAUACCUGAGGGCCUGGAUCAGAAGUUGCUGGAGCCCUUUGGGAGUGCAGGCAACUCUCUGUCCAGCAGCUGUCAAUCAAUAGACCAAGCAUUGGACAGCCCUCCUUUUUCCCAGAACAACCGAGACAACAACUAUCUGAGCCUCAACUAUGAAGGACACCGAGGGCGCCACAGUAAAGGAGGAACUUUCCCUCGUCAAUUCCACUUGUCCAAUGGCAGCAAAGACUACAGCGACGGUCGGAGGACGUUCCCUCGGAGCUUCAUGCCUCAGGAGAACCUGUUUCAGCUGGUUCCAUCCAGUCAGACCCGGAGUUACAACGGAGACAGCACUCUACAGUACAGCGACCUCCGUACGCUGGGCCGAGUCCCAGAGAAGAUCUGCCCCCGCAGGGAAGUACCCAGAUCUCCGCAGGCGCCGGUGAACUGGCGUCAAGGGAAGCUGCUGGGUCGUGGGGCGUUUGGAGAGGUAUACCUCUGUUACGACGCCGACACCGGACGGGAGCUGGCCGCCAAACAGGUGCCCUUUGACCCAGAUUGUCAGGAAACCAGCAAGGAGGUGAAUGCUCUGGAGUGUGAGGUCCAGCUGUUGAAGAACCUGCAUCAUGAGCGGAUCGUUCAGUACUACGGGUCUUCCAGGGACCUGGAGAAGAGGAAACUCACCAUCUUUGUUGAGUUCAUGCCUGGGGGUUCCAUUAAGGACCAGUUGAAGGCAUAUGGGGCGCUGACAGAGAAGGUGACGCGGCGCUACACCAGACAGAUCCUCCAGGGAGUCUUCUACCUUCACAGCAACAUGAUCGUACACAGAGAUAUCAAAGGUGCCAACAUCCUGAGAGACUCCACUGGCAACAUAAAGCUGGGGGACUUUGGGGCCAGUAAACGCAUCCAGACCAUCUGUAUGUCAGGAACUGGCAUCAAAUCUGUCACCGGCACGCCUUACUGGAUGAGCCCAGAAGUCAUCAACGGAGAAGGAUACGGACGCAAAGCUGAUGUCUGGUCUGUGGCGUGCACAGUGGUGGAGAUGCUUACCCAGAAGCCUCCCUGGGCGGAAUUCGAGGCCAUGGCAGCUGUCUUUAAGAUAGCCACGCAGCCCACCAAGCCCUUCCUCCCUGAGGGUGUUUCCGAGGCCGCCCGGGACUUUGUGCGCCAGGUGUUCAUAGAGGAGAAGUGGCGUCCCACGGCCGAGAACCUCCUCUCACACCCCUUCGUCCAAGGGGGGUUCUGACCCUGACCUCUAACACCCCCAGGGCCACCCUGCCUCCCAGGCCUCUCCACAGCUCCAGUCCGCCAGCUUCCAGGGCCCAGCACCACUCCACUCCAGGGCCCAGCACCACUCCACUCCAGGGCCCAGCACCACUCCACUCCAGGGCCCAGCACCAUGAUGCCAGACCUGAUCAUAACCUGAGCCCCAGUCUCUCUCCUUCACCAGCUAACUGACCCCAGACCUGAUCAUAACCUGAGCCCUAAUCUCUCCUAUAUUUUGUCUGUCUUGUGAUCAGUGGUCACCUUCUAUAUUCUGUUAAGGUUAAGAGCAAACUCUGAAAAUACAUGCCAUCUGUCAGGACUGUAAGUUAGUCAUCUAGUUUCCCUGUUGUCUUUGAGUAAUAUUCUGCUUCAAAGGGGAUUGUGAACAGUUUUUGUAAUACAUCCUAGAUGAACACUUGCAGUUACCUUAACAGUUGAUGUCUAUACUUUGACCUGAGAUAUGUACAUUUAGUUUUGUCUGAAUUGCCAAACGCCUUACAAUGACGAGUUGUAAAAUAGCAUUUAUGUACAUUUACAGAAUGACCCUGUUUCUACAACAUAGCACUCUUUCUAAUUCGGAAAGAGACUGUUGCACAUUUUAUAGCAUGUAUUCAGUAGAUGCCCCAAUGCAGGAUAAUCAACAGGAAAAAAUAGAUGCUGUAAAUAUAUUUGACAUUUUUAUAAUUUCAUAACGAGAGAAAUGUUUUUUUUUAUUCCACUGUUUGGAGAAAAAUACCAAACAUUUGUAUUGUUGUGAAUGGUUACUCGCCGUGUAUAAGCAAGCAAUUCUCCCACGCUGACCAGCCUGUUUAAAUCCACAUAUGUGCCAUGUUU